UGUGUGUGUGUGUGUGUGUGUGUGCGUUGGUUUUUGUGGCUUAUGAGGACUUUUGACCUGAUUACGUACCGACACUACGGGGACAUUUGGAAUUAUGAGGACAGGGACAGUGUCCCCAUAAUUCCUCUAAUAUAUCUAUAUAUAUCUAAGUAAAAGAAGCUAAAAUUCAAAGUUUCGGUCGAAGUCCACUUACACCACAUACCCCUGAAACUGACUUUACACAGUGUUAACUCGGAAUUUAAUAUAGCGCCCCCUUUAGUCUGGUCUUGGUAUUGCACCAACUUACACACUCACACAAAAUUUGAGCCUUCUGAUUGGCUACCGCUGACUCGCCUAAUUCGCGCUCUGAUUGGCUGCGGCCGAUGUCAUUCAUGUCACGUGUCUCGGUUUGUGGGCGGAGUUUCUCUAUGUGCAGCGCGUCAUCAUGCGGAACUCAUAAUACGUCAAUCUUUAAAAAACAGCGUCCGGUGUACAGACUGUGUGAGAUGAAGCUGAGGAGGAGGAGGAGAGACAAUCCCAAACAGGAGGCUGAAUAUUUCACAUCUGCUGCCAAAGACAAGGAGGGAUUUGAUGUGAAAUAUAUAAAUUCAUUUAUAGGACGUGGAGUAUUCAGUUGUGUUCAUUUUGAUAAGGGAGAUUUUCUUUUGGAGUACAGAGGACAACUCAUAAACAAAGCUGAAUGUGAACGACGACAGAAGUUAUAUCACGAUGCCAUGAAAGUAUUCAUGUAUGAAUUCCGUUUCAAUGGAAGACUCUUAUGUGUCGAUGCUUCCAGAGAAGAUGGUUCCCUUGGGAGACUUGUCAAUGAUGACCACAUCAGCCCAAACAGCAAAAUGAAAAUAAUCACUGUAGAGGGAAAGCCUCAUCUGUGUUUAUUUGCGACUAGGAGCAUCGACCCUGGAGAAGAAAUCACAUACGACUAUGGCAAUUCUGAGUUGCCUUGGAGAAAUAAGAUUGUAGCUGAAGAACACCAACUGCCACCAGAGGAAAACAGCACUAUGGCAUUGAGUGAGGCCAGGAGGGUGAAAGACAAUCAGUCUCUGUCACAGCACCAGGCUGUUUCUGAGGCAGACCCCUUUACCCCUGUGACCGAAGAUACCCAGGCAGCCAUCAACCAAACAGAACAGAAUAUAGCUGGAGCCGUCACUGAGGUUACAUCAGAGCUGACGUCUGUGAUGGACAAGUUGGAGACUGAUGUUCUGGGAGGAGAGACAGAAAAGAAUAUAGCUGGAGCCGUCACUGAGGUUACAUCAGAGCUGACGUCUGUGAUGGACAAGUUGGAGACUGAUGUUCCAGGAGGAGAGACAGAAAAGAAUACAGCUGGAACCAUUACUGAGGUUACAACAGUGCUGACGACUAUAGAAAGAAAGGAGACAGAAAAGAUUGCCAUUGUGAAGGAGCAAUCUGGGCCUGAGGAAAAAGAUACAAUAGCACCAAGUGAGAAAACAGAAAAAUCUGCAAUUGUUUUUGGCACAAGUCCUGCUUUGUAA